GAGCAGAAGACAAAGUACCGAGGCGAGGCGAGGCAGCGGACGAAGAGGACGGCUGAGAGCAACUCGGGCGGGCGGGCGUAGGGGUGGUAAUGCAGUGCAGUUGGGGUCGCAAGAAUGGGAGUGUGAUAUGCUCGCGGAGAUGGAGCGCAGACGAUGCUCAAAAGUCCCAAGACUUGGAAUCCUCGUCAGCGCGGGUAUCCGGUGCAACACGCUUGGCGCCUGGUCUGUGCCGAUUAUUGCAUGCGCAGAGAGUAACAGAAAACAAGUUGGGCAGCCCUGAUCUUCAUUCAAAAGGGGACGAUUGCAGUGCAGCUGGCGCCGUUAGCACAUUUAUCGCGCUUUUUUUUAUUAAUUCCCCAGCGUGUGGUCAGCGUCUCACAGCCACUGCAGCAAGGCGACUCAUCGACGUGCUUGUUCCCAGGGGAACUACUCGGGCGCCAUCACAGCAGGAAAUUGGAUCAGCUGGAUUAGGAACAGACGGCAGCCGCCCGUCAGGAUUCCAUGGAGAAUUCCAGAAGCCGCCUCCAUUCAGGCGUUAUGCUGUGGUGGCUGCCCCGGCUCUCUGUUCCUAAAAACAAUUCGUCCCUCCAUCCUCAUCCUCCCCAGGCGGCCAGGCCUAUAGCCAAAACAGGAGAGCAUACACUAACUACAGGCACACCUUGUCCGACUACGCUUAUUACCCUGCCUGCCCUGCCACAAACGUCGCUCGGAGCACCGGGCAUGAAGGGAGCCGCUGGGCUGGCAAUUCAUCUUAGUCCGACACGACGCCUGCGCUAACGCGUCAUCUGUCGACCUGCGCCACAUUCUCUGCAUACGGGUUCCACGCUCUAUCGUACGACGACGACGCUAAUCAUUGUAUACAUGCGAGCUGUAUUGCUCGUCAAUAGGGAAUAGGCGGUCUGAGAUAGCGACUCCACGACAAACUUCAAGUCCCCGCAU